GCGGUGUCCCGGACCCGGAAGUGGAGUUGCCGAGUCACCGCAGUGGCUGAGCUGCUGACAGGAGGCGGCGGCGGAGUAGGAGGCGAGGCGAGACCGGCGCCUCUGAUCGGCCAUAGCCGCGGUAGCGCCAAGGAAGCCCACGGAGCCACGCCGGCCUCAGCCACCCUGCGAACCUCUCGCCCCUCCGCCCACCCCUCCGACCGCCCGGCCGCCUGCCCAGACGCCUGGUCCAGGGCGGCCUACUCUGCACUACCCGCAGGGCUCCUGGGGCCGCCGCCCCGCGCGGUCCCAUUGGCGUCCCCGGCCGCGCCCGGCCCCUGGCCCGCUCGCCCGCCGGCACCAUGAUGGAGGAGAUCGACCGGUUCCAGGUGCCCACCGCGCACUCGGAGAUGCAGCCGCUGGACCCUGCCGCCGCCUCCAUCUCAGACGGAGACUGUGACGCCCGGGAGGAGAAGCAGCGGGAGCUGGCCCGGAAGGGUUCCCUGAAGAACAGCAGCAUGGGUAGCCCUGUCAACCAGCAACCCAAGAAGAAUAAUGUCAUGGCCCGGACGAGGCUGGUCGUCCCCAAUAAAGGCUACUCAUCACUUGACCAGAGCCCAGAUGAGAAGCCACUGGUAGCCCUUGACACCGACAGCGAUGAUGACUUUGACAUGUCCAGAUAUUCCUCCUCUGGCUACUCCUCUGCUGAGCAGAUCAACCAAGAUUUGAACAUCCAGCUGCUGAAGGACGGCUACCGGUUAGAUGAGAUCCCCGACGACGAGGACCUAGACCUCAUCCCCCCCAAGUCCGUGAACCCCACCUGCAUGUGCUGCCAGGCCACGUCCUCCACCGCCUGCCACAUUCAGUAGCGGGUGGGGCCUCUGCGGCCGCCUGGGGCGGAACCGACUCGGGCCAGGUUGGACCGGGCAGGGGCAGCCCCUCCCCAGCUCGUCUGCCUACCCCGGCGCCCCCUACAGCCGCCAACCUCGUUAACAGUCAUUGCUUCCUCCUAUGGUAGGACGUGUACCUCUGUGUGUUAAUGUAGCCGGAGAAACCAAAACCGGGUCUCUCUCCACCCCAGGGGGGCUGAGGAGGGCUAGAGGCUGUUUGUUCAGUUACUUGGGGGACCUCACCCAGCACGCUGCCCCCCUCCCCAAGGUUGCAGUCUGGUGCAGGGGAGAGAGGACUGGAUGGAAGGGAGGCCAACAUUAAUGAGUGGGGGGAGAGAUCACAAACCCCAGUGAAGCCAUGUACCUCCUAGCCACAGCUUAACAAGGAAAGAGGCUGGAGGUUGGGGAGAGAAAGACCCAGGGCAAUGGGGGCAGGUCCCAGCACUUCAGGGUCCCCUCCACUAGCCCCUGAUAGCCCAUGUACCUAUUUACAUUUGUCAUUUCAACUAAUGUGAAGCCUGGCAAAGCUGUCCAACCAGAUAACUGUCCCUCACCCAAGGGAUCAUGACCUUCUUUCUCCUCUUUGCCCCAUUCACCCCCUUCCUUGCUCCCUGGGAGUGGGCUAGGGUAAGGUGGGCUUUAGAGAUAGGCCAGAAUUUGUAUGGCCUAUGGCAGUAUGAUUUGCCCUCACCGGCCCCUAACCAAUGCAUCUAUCUCUCUGCCUCCCCCUUUGUGGACCCUACUUCCAACUUUGUUCAUUGGUCUCUGUCCCAGGCUAGAAUGAGGGAGUAUGGCUGGCCUCCAAAAUCACAUUCCCAUCUUACCUCAACCCAAGGCCUGGGUGGCUGGUUCCCAGUAAGAAUCUUCAAGAAGUAAGCUUUGGAGUAUACAGUGGGCUGAGUGGCUGUGUAGACAUGGUAGGGAGUGCUUGGCAAAAUGUGUGUGUGUUUAAGGCUGUCAGGGUGUGUGUGUGUAUCUGUGUUGGACAGACCUGUCUUUCCUGGCAUCUAUUCCUGUCAUAGAUGUGGGUGCCUUUGUUGGGGAAGUGACUGUGUAGUCUUUUUACAGUGUGGGAGGCUACUCAGCAGUGCAAGGGACUGAGAGCCUUGGGCUGGAAGUCAGAAUCCUGGGUUCUGGUCCUAUCUCUGGCAAUCUCCUGUGAUCUUCAACAAGCCGCUGCUUUUUCUCAGCUUCAAGUUCCUCAACUGUGAAAUGAACAGCAGCUGAUAUUAAUUUUAAGGUCCGUUUAUACAUGAAGGAAUUUCUUCAUAGGAACUUCUGUAGAGGGAGAUGAAGAAAUCUCUGCGUGAUUUUGUGUACACCCAGGGUGCCUUCUGAGUUGUGUGUGUAGAAAGGGAAAGGGGCAGUUUUUAUCAGCACCACAUGAGUACAUGUGGAUAUUGGAAUACAUGUGUCUGUCUGUGAACAUGUAUGUGUGGGUUGUAUCUAUUGUGUGUGUGACCAUACAGGUGUCUGUGGGCCAGAAUGUGCUGCUCCUGCUUUUGUUGCUGGUUUAGGGGCAGGGAGUAGGAAAGCUGAGAUGAAAAUCAAGAGGGAGAAUCAGGCCUGGUGGCCAUCACCUAUAGCCGAAGCUUUUCUGGAAGCUGAGGUGGGAGGACCACUUGAGCCCAUGAAUUUAAGACUGCAGCAUGCAAUGAUUGUACCUGUGAAUAGACACUGCACUCCAGCCUGGGCAACAUAGCAAAACCCCAUCUCUAAAAAGAAAUAGGAAGUCAAGAGGGAGGAGAUUAAAAUGGCUUAGUCCUUGCAUUAAAAAAAAGGGGGGGGGGUAGAGGUGAACAGCUUUCCCAACUUAAAGCUAGGCAAUAUAGAUCUGCCCCCUUGUGAAGAAAAAUGAAGUGAAAGCACAGGAUAGUCUAAGACUGCUCAAGCCUAUGCCCCACAAAUCUCGUAUCACAGGGCCAAGGUGUGGCCAUUCCUCCACGCUGACACCUCACAUGUGUUAGUGUAUCCACUCUCAUGGAUAUCACUCACAUGCUGUGAGCAUGGGAUGGACAGAUCCAUAGCCCACUCUGGAUACCAGUCCUGGGAGGUGGGAGCUGGAAGGAGGGUGACUAGAGCCGGGAGUGAGGCUGCUGUCUUAGGAAAGGUAGCACCUCCCCCUGUACCACACCCAACUGCAAAGGGAUGCAGCUCUUCACCUGCCCCCACCACUACUCCUCCAACCCAUCUCUAUAUCCCCUAGUGCAGGGGUUCUAGUUAGUUGAGAAAAUUCCAGAAGGGGGCAAGGAACAGAAAAAGUACUUGCAGGGCCCAUUUGAGCCCAUCUCCCACCCUGGCCAGCAUCCCCACCCACCGUCAUCUAGGCCCCAGAGCCAGGCCUCCCACCAUACCACCACCAUCACCACCCUGGACUCCUUGACUCACUCUUCCAGAACAUGGGUACCUCCUCUUUUCUGGACUUAUUUAGACUGAUGCCUUUGCCACUGAUUUGCUGUGUGACUCUGGCCCAUUGUUUAAUCUCUAUGGCUUUGAGGAACCAGGGAAAAGCUCUCUCCUUACAGGACACACCAUUUCCCUCGCAGGCAAGGACUUCUGACUGAGGCAGUGUAUGUGUGGCAGAGAGGCAGGAAGCUGGCAGCCAGCAGCUUCUGCGUCUAGGGAGAAUGUGUGGUUCCUUCCUUCCCUGUCUGGGAGGCUAAAGGGGAAGAAUCAAGGCCUUAGCUUGCCCUCCUGCCACCUUCCCCCUUGUAGAUACUGCCUUAACACUCCCUCUGCCCUCAGCUGUGGCUACCACCCAGCCAGGUUUCUCCGUGCUCACUAAUUUAUUUCCAGAAAGGUAUGUGGAAGACAUGAGCCGUGUAUAAUAUUUUUUUUAACAUUUCCAUCGCAGUAUUGACAUCAUCCUUGGUUGUGUAUCGUGUAACACAAAUAAUGAUAUUAAAAGCAUCAAACAAGCCA